AUGAUUAUCGACAGAGCUGAAUACUUCGGAAUUGAGAUGAGCCUGUUUCUCAAACUGGCGGCAUAUCUCAACUUCACUUGGGAAUUUAUACCCCUGAAGGCUCCAGGAAGGUUUGGCGCAAUGUUGGACAAUGGGACGAUGGUGGGGGGAGUGAACCAGGCUAUGCGAGAGGGGGCGGCCGACAUUACCUUCUGUAACAUCUGGCAGCGGGAACUGUCCAGCAACAACAUGGACUUUGGACCACCUCUUAACAUGAUCUACGUAACAUUCAUAGUAAGACGACCCUACAUGCUGGUGGACCAGUGGCAGUCACUGUUGAUGAUCUUCACUGUCCAUGUCUGGUUGACUAUUGCUGCAACAUUCCUAGUCAUCACCUUGGUAUACUGGAGAGCCUGUCAUGCUUUACCUCUAGUGGCAAGGAAACCUAGUCUGGUAGAGAGUGCAGUCAUGAUGUUCGGUAUCCUGACAGUGUCGUCGUCCUACACUGUCCCUGUGUCUCUCACCUCCCGCAUAGUGUCUCUCUGGUGUUUCUUCUUCGCCCUGUGGUUAAUGACAGCAGUCACUAGUUGUAUAGUCACUCGCCUCACGUUGCCGCUUUACUCUCCCCGCAUCAACACUGUUCAACAGCUGGUUGAAGGAGACUACUAUUGGACCGAUCCUUCCUAUUCCUACAGUAAUCAGGCAAAUAAGGAUUUCUUCUUUGAUUUGAGUAACAAAUGGCACAAUACAUUUGAAAACCGCUAUGAGUUCAUACCUCCGGACGAGAUACAAUCACAUCUCUUGACUGACCGCAACAUUGCUCUCCCAGUCCAGAGGUGGGGGUUGGAACAUGUCCUGCUGAGUAUCCCAGGAAUAAACUCUACGACUGACCUGAGCAGCUUCCGGGUAAUGCGAGGCUAUACACAGACAGCAUUCACAUCAUUCGGUUACAGGAGGUCUUCCGGUUACAAUGAGGCUUUCAACAGAAUCAUCCAGCAGUUCAUUGAGUUUGGACUGUGGGAGUACCAGAAACAUAAAUUAACGUUUUUACGCAUAAACAGAAAAUAUCUACUGGAGGAAAAAGACAAUCACGACUUUGGCGGCUUGCAGCAUCUCUCGCUAAACAACUUGUACCCUGCGUUUGUGUUGCUUGCAAAGCCGAACACAGAAACAAAGAAUUUCACAUGUGAGGCAAAGCCAAGCAUGUGA